UAGUAACAAGCCUUAGAGCCAUCCAUAGACAAAGUUAGCCAGUCUCUGCCGAAAGCUUUCUUUUGUGCGUCCAAAAUUAACCCCUGCUGGUUACUUUGCACGGCCGUAGCUCCGCUCUUUUUCAGCUAAUCAGCAAUUACGAAGUCGGUGCGACGCCUUAUUUGAACAUACCGACGUUAGAAGGCUAAAGAGAAGCUGCAUGGAGCUCGUCGUGUAGCUUAGCCAAACCCUCUAUAUCAGAGACUGUUGUGUUUUAGUGUCCGGAAGUUCUGCUGGGGAGAAAAGUAAGAAAGGCAUGAAAAACGGGACCUGGAAGAAGCUUCUGACAGAUUUCCUUGGAGCACACUGAAACGCUAUUUCGUGUCUCACAGAGGGGGCAGAUAGGGCGUCGUGCUGUUCUUUCAUAAUUAGCUGCGUGUAUUAAUUUACUGAUGGGUCUCCCGACGCUGGAGUUCAGUGAUUCUUUCCUGGACAGCCCGGAUUUCAGAGAGCGUCUACAGUGCCAUGAGAUAGAGUUGGAGCGAACCAACAGGUUCAUAAAAGACCUCAUCAAAGAUGGAAACAUGCUCAUAUCAGCCCUUAAAAGUCUUUCUCUUGCUGUUCAGCGAUUCUCUCAGUCUCUGCAGGAGUUCCAGUUUGAAUGUAUUGGAGAUGCAGAGACUGAUGAUGAGGUCAAUAUAGCCCAGUCCUUAAAGGAGUUCUCUCAACUCUUAAGCACCAUGGAGGAGGAGAGAAAACGUCUGAUCCAAAAUGCUGAUGAUGUUUUGAUCUCACCGCUCGAGAAGUUUCGAAAAGAACAGAUUGGAGCUGUAAAGGAGGGAAAGAAGCAGUUUGAUAAGGAGACAGAAAGGUACUACUCUGUCCUGGAGAAACACCUCAAUCUGUCUUCCAAGAAGAAGGAAACCCAGCUGCAGGAGGCUGAUUCACAGAUGAGUAAAGAUAGGCAGGUUUUUUAUGAUGCGUCUCUCCAGUAUGUCUUCAAGAUCCAAGAAGUGCAGGAGAGAAAGAAGUUUGAAUUUGUAGAGCCGCUUUUAGCCUUCCUUCAGGGGUUGUUUACAUUUUACCAUGAGGGAUAUGAGUUGGCCUCUGAGUUUGAACCCUAUAAGCAGCAGCUUCAGUUUAAUCUGCAAAAUGCUCGCAAUAACUUUGAAAGUACUCGUGCUGAGGUUGAGAGGUUGAUGAAGAGGAUCAGAUCUGCAGAAGAGGACUUUAAAGCCCCCGGCUGCUUUACUAUGGAGGGAUAUCUGUAUAUACAGGAGAAACGACCACUGGGCAGCGUGUGGACCAGAUACUACUGUACUUAUGAAAAGAGCUCCAAGAUGUUUACCAUGAGCAACACAGAGGUCAGACCAGCCAGCAGACAGAACGGUGUGGUGCACAGUACGCCAGAGAUGUUCAAGCUGCGCUCGUGUGUCCGAAGGAAGACUGAUUCAAUAGACAAACGCUUCUGCUUCGACAUCGAGGUGGUGGAGAGACACGGUGUGAUCACCCUGCAAGCACUCUCCGAGGCCAACAGACGGCUGUGGAUGGAGGCAAUGGAUGGGAAAGAACCUAUAUACACUCUGCCUUCUCUGCUCAGUAAAAAGGAGGAAACAUUUCUCAAUGAAGCGGGCUUCAAAUUUGUUAACAAGUGUAUCGAGCUGGUUGAAGUGAGAGGGAUUACGACCCUGGGACUCUACAGAACAGGUGGCGUGAACUCUAAAGUUCAGCGUUUGAUGACGAGUGUGUUUGCUUCUGCAGCUGCCUCUGACAUGCAUCUAGAUGGAGAUGCUUGGGACACCAAGACCAUAACUAGUGGCCUAAAGGAUUACUUCAGGUGCCUGGCAGAACCACUACUGACCUACAGGCUGCAUAAAGACUUCAUCAGGGCUGCAAGGUAUGAUGACCAGAAGCACAGAGUGAGAGCGAUUCAUGCUCUUGUCCACAAGCUACCAGAGAAAAACAGAACAAUGUUGGAUCUCUUAACCAACCAUCUCCUCAAGGUGUCUUCUCACAGUGAUGAAAACAUGAUGACUGUGUCUAACUUGGGAAUGAUCUUUGGUCCCACCUUGAUGAGGUCCCAGGAGGAGACCGUGGCUGCUAUGAUGAACAUCAAGUUUCAGAACAUUGUGGUUGAGAUUAUCAUUGAAAACCAUAACAAGAUAUUUGGUGAGGCUCCAGACCUGUCAGUGCCAUUGCCUCAACCUCCAUCCUCUCGGUCGACUCCUCGGAGGAGCAAGGCCAUCUGUCUGUCAUCUGGAAAGAGAAGAGCCCGUCUUUAUCCUCCUGCUCUCUGCCUGGCAGACAAUGACAGUGACACAUUCAGUAGCAGCCCCAGCACAACUCCGAUGGGCAGCCAGGAGUCUCUGUCCUCACAUUCCUCUGAAAAGAAUGGAUUGUCUCAAACCUCACCACCGUCCUCUCCUUCUGCUGAGCCCAGUGCUCCCUCCUCAAAACAAUCCUCUCCUCCUGGAGCUUCCUCUUGCUCACCACCACAAAACGGGAAAGAUCAGAAACCCCCGAUAGACAGCGCCACAUCCCCCCACCUCCUGCCUUCCACAUCCUGGAUGUCCACUCAGCCCACUCCAACUCAGCAGACGUCCUCUGUCUCCUCCUCCACAUCCUCUUUACUCUCUGCUGUGGAGCGGUCUAUCAAAAGAAACUCAAUUGACUCCUUAGCUUCUGGAAAAGAGUCAGGAUCUCCCUCUAGAGCUUCCAUGUCCACCAUUCCUGCCCAGCACUCGCCAGUAGAGCAUGCCUUCUUGUUUAGGGAGGCUGGACCAGUUCAGAGGGUGGCGUCUGUCUCCUCUCUGAAAAGCACCCAUUCGGUGGGUGAAAAAAAUGAACCCAGCACCACUGUCACAGACGCCAAAGUGUCCGAUUCUACCUCUCCUCGGCAGCUUAGAGCUCCUUACAGGACUGCCUCCUCCUCCUCUUCCUCCUCCUCUUCAGUGUUUCCCUACCGGCUUUCCACAUCUUCCUCUCUCACCUCCCUACACAUCUCUGAGGAUUACAAAAGCUGUCAUGGAUCGGUGCAGAGUCUCAUGGCACUGGACCCACAGGAGGCUGCACACAUGCGCAAAUCUUCACGCAUCCGCUGUGGCUCCGAUCUGACCUCGAAACACUCUGUGUCCAGCAAUGGUUAUCAGAGGCCUGGAUCGUUAUUAUUAGCAAGACAACCGCGGCGUGAAAGUUCAAUAUUCUCCUCAGCGUUAGACGUAUGUUCCACUGGAAGGGAAGCUAAAGCUCUUUAUUCAUGUGAGGCAGAGCACAGCCAUGAACUCAGUUUUCCACAGGGGGCUCUCUUUUCAAAUGUGGGCCCAUCUGUGGAACCAGGAUGGCUUCAGGCAACAUAUAACGGCAAAACAGGCCUCAUACCUGAAAACUACAUCACAUACAUCUGACGUUCCUGAUCAUGUCAUCACCACGUCACUGAGACACAGAUUUGACUCUGACUUUACUGAUCUCCAGUGCUGAUCAAAGAUAUAUUUAUCAUGUAACUGUGACUGCUAUCACUAACUGCUGUGUCAGAAUAUGAAUAAUGUGUAUAAUGUAUGUAACCAUUUUAUGCUUUAUUAACCAUCUUAUCAUACAGUAGAUGGUAAUAUUUGACUUAUCUGACAGUUUCCCAUAAUUAUCAUCGGCUCCUCUUUUGAGGAUGCUAUCUUUAGAUUAAAUGUGUCAAAUAGGUACAUGGAAACAGUAUUUUUCUAUCAAUCUUAAUAAUUUAUAUGUUUAAUUAAAACUAUGUUACGAUUAGAAAUGAAGUGUUCACACCUCUGUGCCUUGGAACUGUAUAAACCGCUGGUCUGAAUCCUGCCAGAACACCUUUUUUUACUGGCUCUGUCAGUUUGUUGUUUAAUUAAAUGCUUUUGCUAAAAAAGAGUUUGGGUCUGUAUAUUAAGGUUAGGUUU